AUGGGGGAGACCGGGCGGCCAACCAUCGGAGGCCCGUCCCACCCCGACCAGGCAGGCUCGUCCCGUACCGACCGGAGGCCGCACGAGGGGCAAAGGGGCGGGAGAUCAACUGGAGGCCGCGCGCGCAGGGCCAAGGUUGGGCAGCGGGGGAGGAAAGCCACGGCCGGCGAGGAGGAAGACCACGACCGGCGGGAGCCGUCUAGCAGCACGAAGUGCCAUCAGCGGCGCGAGGAACUGGCCGGCGGCAGGGGAAGGCGUCGGAGUCGUGCAGAGCGGGCCUGGCGGCGGGGGGCGGCGUGCCCCGGCUGUCUACGAGGAUGGCGGCGGAGGGACCCGGCCGGCAGCGCGCUCCGGAUGGCUACGAGGAUUGCGCAGCGGGCGCCGCCAGGCGUCCGGGAUUGCAGCGGCCCGUCCGGAGGCGAGGUGGGCGGCGAACCGGCCGGCGGCGAGGUGGGCGGACGGCCGGCCGGCGGCGAGGUGGGCGACGGCCCGGCCGACGGCGAGGUGGGCGGCAGCACGGCCGACGGCAGUUAA